AUAAUUCAACCAUCGGCCAUACCUCUCCCCUCCUGGGUCUCGUCCACGGCCGGCCUACACAUCCAGGUUAGCCUACCGGACCCUUCCGCCCGCCAGGAACUACCCCCCUCCCUUUGCCCCCCCUCCCGCAAGCGCCAGACCGUCUACUCGACCCAGCCGUGCCCGCUCCCCGCAAUAUUUACUCGACAACCGCUUGACAGACGUCACUUGCGACUUGGCCGACGAGGUUAUAGAAGAGAGCGCGUGGCGAGCGGAAGCCAAAGAUAAUUGUCUCUGGCUCGAGCCGACGAAAAUGUCGUCGCCAUUGAAGAAGCAGCCGGAGGCUGUGGCCGACAAAGUCCUGAAACGAGCCGAAGUGAGCAAGAUCGCCCGAAGACUGCAAGGCCGCCUAGCUCUGGCGCAAUUCAAGACCAAGCAUGGCUUGGAAGACUACGCACUCGACACGAUCGAACCCAGGAUCGAAGAAGAGAUGCGGCGAAGGCGCAUGGCCGAUGGCGAUAUCCUGUCCGACAGCUCCUCCAGCACUUCGGAGUGGCCCUAUCCGUCAUCUAGCUUGACGCUCAUGAGUUCUCCGCUGAAGCCGCCUCUCUUUUCGGAUGCGGUAGUCUCUAGCAACGGCAGCAACGGCCACCGGAAGCGAACAUAUAUCAAUUCAUUCGAUGUGCCCUUGUCGAGCCCUACCAAGCGAUCCCGCGCAUCCCCUGCCGGGCGCAAGUCAUCUUCGAACCACCCAACACAUAACCAUAACUCCUGGAAAGGAUACCGUCAGCUGGCCCAGUCUUCCCCGGCCAAGCCUCGCAGGCAACAGCAUUUCACGACGGACAACGGGCCGGACGUCUCCUUUUUCCAAGGUUCCCGCCGCCCCUCGAUAGACCUAGCUUCGCCUAAUUUCGCCGCCCCUUCUGACGAUGACGAUGAUCUUCUCCCUGCCCAUUCUUUCAUGGUCGACCACGAUAGAUCUUCGCCCCCGCAGACACCGCCCAUGCGCAGCAGGGCUAUUAACCGCCGAAGCAAGGAGAAGGGCGUGGUCAACGGACAGAAGUCGGGAGAGGAGGGCGCGGACUUGUUGCUAUAUUUAGCUACCUCUCCAUCUCCAGCGGUUCAUCCGACCAAGACUCGGAUGGAGCCCCCUUCGACCCCCCCGCCGAAGAAGGACCUCGCGCUCCCGUCGUCCAUGAUGACUACUCCGGGAGGCGGAAACCUCUUCCCGACGACGCCCGGCCAAUCGUUCGACAUCUCCGACUUUGUCAACAUCACGCCCAGCCCGGCCCAGAAGCCGUGGAAGACGCCGCUAUCGCUCAAGACGCCGACAGCCAAGACGCCGCUGGGUGGGGCAAAGAGACGCUUGACAUUCGACGAGCCUGGCACAUUUCUCGGACCGCCUUGAGGCCAGGCCGGCUCACGCUACUUCGGGGCGCCCAAUGCUAGGGCAGCCAUCGA